CAGUCUUUAGAUCAAAAAAGUAUUCACAUUUAUCUGUACUAUAUAUAUCCACACAUAUACACUCUCUAUAAAACAGUCGCCGGAUCAAUGACCGGCGGUGGCUCAUCUGGACGACUUCCUUCAUGGAAAGAAAGAGAAAACAACAAAAGAAGAGAAAGAAGAAGAAGGGCCAUAGCUGCAAAGAUAUACGCUGGACUUAGAUCUCAAGGAAACUAUAGAUUGCCUAAACAUUGUGAUAAUAAUGAAGUCUUAAAAGCACUUUGUGCUGAAGCUGGUUGGGUUGUUGAAGAAGAUGGUACCACUUAUCCCAAGGGAUGCAAGCCACCUCCAAAUGAAAUGGCUGGAAUGUCAACUAACAUAAGUACUUGUUCCUCGAUCCAACCGAGCCCAAUGUCGUCAGCUUUCCCGAGCCCAGCUCCAUCAUACCACGCCAGCCCAACAUCAUCGUCAUUCCCUAGCCCUACUCGUGAAAACCCGCCUAACCAUUCAUCCUACAUUCUUCCUUACCUAUGCAACUUACCUUCAUUGCCCCCUUUACGAAUAUCCAAUAGUGCCCCUGUAACCCCACCUAUCUCGUCCCCAACUUCUCGUGGAACCAAGCGAAAACCCAAUUGGGAGAUGCUAUCCACAAGUGCAUUACAGUCUUUUCGCCACCCACUUUUUGCAGCGUCUGCUCCAACUAGCCCUACACGCCACCACCGUGUACCUCCAGCUACUAUUCCAGAAUGUGAUGAAUCUGAUGCUUCCACAGUUGAUUCAGGCAGAUGGGUUAGCUUCCAAACCAUGGCUGCAUCGGCUGCACCAACUUCACCAACAUUUAACCUAAUGAAACCAGCGAGCCAACAAUCGUUUUUCCAGAACGGUGUAGUGGUGCAGAGUGGGCCGGGUCCUGAAUUUGAGUUCGAGAGCAAUACGUUGAAAGCGUGGGAAGGUGAGAGGAUACAUGAAGUUGGAGCAGACGAUUUGGAGCUCACCCUCGGAAGUGGGAAGCUUGCUUAGUUUUUGUGAUUCUUAAAAUCGAUAUAGCAACUGAAUUGAAUGAUGCUGGCAUUUAUCGAUCUAAAAUCAAGAUCACGAAGAAAACCGACAUUGUUUAUAGCUUGGUAGUAGUGUUCAUUUUCCAUUGAAAUGGAACAAACUAUGCGUUGGUUA